GGCGUGGGAAACCUAACCUUCAACAGUAAGGAUGUCUCCAAUAUGAGGACACACUUGAGGGCAGGACUACGGUACAGAGACAUGGAUGCUGUCCUAGAGUAUUUUCAGAAGUUGCAAGCCGAGAGCCCUAGCUUCUUCUAUGCUAUCAAGCUAGAUGCUGAGAAUGCUGUAAGGGGGUUGUUUUGGGUUGAUGGCAGAUCAAGGGAGUUGUACAAGUGCUUCAGGGAUUGCAUAUUCUUUGACACGACGUUCUGCACUAACCGGUACAACAUGCCCUUUGCACCAAUUGUUGGGAUCAACAAUCAUGCCCAAAGCAUCCUACUAGGUUGUGCUCUGCUUCCGGAUGAGACUACUGAAACAUUUGUGUGGGUGCUUCAAACGCUCAAGGAUGCAAUGGGUGGAAUAGCACCAACCAACAUCAUGACUGACCAGGAUAGGGCCAUGAAAGCUGCAAUAGCACAGGUAUUCCCUUCUACAACACAUAGGUGCUGCAAGUUUCAUGUGGUCAGCAAAGCUUGUGAGAAGUUUGGUUGGUUAAUUAGAAACAACCCAGAAUUUGCAGAUGAGUUUGACUAUUGCAUCAACUUCACCGAGUCUCCAGAGGAGUUUGAGACGUUGUGGCAUAACAUAGGGGUGAAGUAUGAUAUGCAUAGCAAUGAUCAUUUUCAGAACAUGUCUUCAACCAAGUCUAUGUGGGCACCUGCAUAUUUCAAGAAAUGCUUCUUUCCCUUCACAAGCACAACAGGAAGAUCUGAGAGUAUGAAUGCAUUAUUCAAGACAAUGGUGCACCCACAGGACUCAGUGUUGCAGUUCCUUACCCAAUAUGAGUACAUAAUGGAAACAAGGAUUGAGAAGGAGUAUCGAGAAGCAGCAAAAGGUGAAACGACAAAUCCACCGCUGUGGGGGAGGUCUCAAAUUGAGAAGCAAGUAUCUAAGUUCUACACUAGAAGUAUUUUCUUCAAGUUUCAAGAGUUGCUGCGUGAUUCCACGGCAUUAACUAUAGAUUCGAUUGCUAAAGAGGGAAGCCAAAUGACAGUGCAGGUGUUGAAACGAGUAUACAAGGAAGGUGAGGUGACAUUGAAAACAUACAAUGUUGCUGCGAAUCAGGGGUCUGAAACAUACACUUGCUCUUGCAACAUGUUUGACCAAGAUGGUCUCCUAUGUCCUCACAUCCUGAAAGUCUUUACUACACUUGAUGUGCAACAUGUACCGCAGAAGUAUCUGCUGCACAGGUGGUCUGAAGAAGCUACGCUGAAAGUUCCUCAACAUUUGUCAGGUCCUGAACCAGUGUUUGGUGUUCCAGCGACAAAUAAGCUGAGGUACAAUGCAUUGUGUAGGAAAAUGACACAGCUGGCUGCUGAUGCUUGUGUGGGUCCAGAAGAGUACAUGGUGGGUUCACAAGGGAUCGAUCAUUUGAGGGAAAAGGUGAAGGAAACCACGAAAGCAUUGAUUUCAAGACAAAAUGAUCCCCCAAAUGUAGUUGAGGGUGCAAAGGAGGUGGAGAGAGGGGUGAAACAAACAAAGUUCAAGAACCCUCCAGCAAAAGAUCCACAAGGGAGGCCUAGGAACAAGGUUGACCGUAAGAAGACCAUUGUACAACAAGUGAAAGAAAAAGCAAUAAAGAAGAACAAGUCCAAGGCUAAGAAAGACAAAGCCAAAGAGUCGGUGUGCUUGGUAUGCCACGAAGAAGGCCACGGUGUGGAGACGUGCAAGUUCUUAUCGGCAGCAAUGCACCUAAGGGACACAGAGUUAAAGCUGUAG